GACUCGUCCUAACACUGCCAUGUUGGAUGGAACUGGCUCCUGGCUCUCUGGCGGCCGGACUUCCCAGGAAAGUUUUUACCGUUUUCCUUCUUCGCCUAGUCGCUGCAGUUUUGACCUUAUUUUAAAGAGGAGCGGGACGUCGCAUUGCACUCCUAAACGGCAUACAUUUUUUGGCACCCCAGUCUUGCGGGCCCCCGGCAUAAACCGAACCGGUGUGAGGGGGUCGGAGGAAGGCCACGGAUGUCCGAGGGAUUGUUUAUGUAUCUUUUUGGAUCCCAUAUAACGAGUUACAGUCGGUGCAUACUUUAUAAAUUGACCACCAAUAAUGAGUGGACAUCCGUCGCAACGGCGGCAAGCAAAUGUCGGGUCGCUACUACUGACAACGCAGGAAAACGAAUGCCUUUUCAACCACCUUGGCAGGAAAUGCAUUACAUUGUCUUCAGCAGUGGUCCAGGUGUUCACAGCAGAUAGGAACUCCAGCUGGAACAAGAGAUGCUGUGGGGUGGCCUGUCUGGUCAAAGACAACCCCCAACGAUCCUACUUCAUCAGAGUCUUAGACAUCAAGGAUGGUAAGAUUACGUUUGAACAGGAGCUGUACAACAACUUCAGCAUCUACCUCCCCAGACCUUAUUUCAUCACAUUUGCUGGAGAUACAUGCCAAGUGGGUCUGAACUUUGCCAGUGAGGAGGAGACCAAGCGUUUCCGUGGCCAUUUGACAGAGCUAAUUGGGAGAAAACAGAGGAAAACUGAGAAGAGACGCGACCCUCCAAAUGGCCCAACGUUGCCCAUGGCUACCGUCGACAUCAAAAACCCAGAGAUCAGCAAUGUUCAGCGUUACCAUAACAACUCUCAGGUGAACAACAUUGUGCACUCCUCCUUCCCCAAGAGGGAGAAAAAGGCCAAGGGGAAGAAGAAGAGGUUGACCAAGGCAGACAUCGGCACACCGAGCAACUUCCAGCACAUUGGGCAUGUAGGAUGGGAUCCAAAUACAGGCUUUGAUUUGAAUAACUUGGACCCAGAGCUGAAGAACCUGUUUGAUAUGUGCGGCAUCUCUGAGGCUCAGCUGAAGGACAAGGAGACCUCCAAGGUCAUCUACGACUUCAUUGAGAAGAAAGGAGGCGUAGAAGCAGUCAAAAAUGAGCUACGGAGACAAGCUCCUCCACCCCCUCCAUCCAGAGGCGGCCCUCCUCCCCCACCCCCACACCACAGCUCAGCCCCUCCUCCCCCUCCUCCUGCCCGCGGGCGAGGUGCUCCGCCACCUCCUCCCCCUUCCAGAGCUCCCUUCUCUGCCCCCCCUCCUCCCCCUCCAUCCCGACCGGGCAUGUCAGCUCCACCGCCUCCCCCUCCCAGCCGAGGCUAUCUCCCGCCUCCCCCUCCACCAGCCCAUGCCUCAAUUCCUGUGGCGCCUCCCCCGCCACCUCCUCCCCCUUCAUCCUCAACUCCAUCCAGUACUGGAGCACCGCCUCCUCCCCUCCUCUCCCCACCUCCUGGCCCUCCACCCCCGGCUCCUCCACUGUCCACGGAGGCUAAUGGAGGGGACGGCAGUCUGCCCUCAUCUGGGGGCAAGUCUGCACUGUUGAGUCAGAUCAGAGAAGGCACCCAGCUGAAGAAGGUGGAACAGAAAGAGAGGCCAGUGUCCAGCAACACCGGCAGAGACGCACUUCUGGACCAAAUCCGACAAGGAAUCCAACUUAAAACGAGGGAUGACAAUACCGAUUCAGCCCCUUCCACCCAGGCCUCCUCGGCAGGCAUCGUCGGGGCCCUGAUGGAGGUGAUGCAGAAAAGGAGCAAGGCUAUUCACUCUUCAGAUGAGGAUGACGACGAUGAAGAAGAUGAGGACUUUGAGGAUGAUGAUGAAUGGGAGGACUAGUGAUUUUUUUUUUCUCCCCUCCCCCAACCCCUGGAUGAUUCUGACACUAAAAUUGUUAUUUUCUUUCUAAAAAGAAAUCUUUAAUUUCAAAAUUCUAAAUGUAAAUGUUCUAUCAAUUUGCUGUAUAUUUUUGUUGCCUUUAUGCUUUUUUUUAUUAAUCUGUGCAAUACCUCAUUUAAUCUGUAAUUUGUUUGUCAUUCUCAUAUCUUAGGUUUCUUUAUCUCUGUCAUGUCUGUUGGCUCCAUCUCUGUCUCUUGAUAGCAAUAUGUUACAUGUCUCCUUUUAACUAUUUUCUGGCUUUUUCCAUCUCUAUGCAUCUCCUUCUCCUCCUCCCACGUUCCCAACUCUUUGACGUUUGUCGCUUCCAUCUGUCACUCAGCCAUCCUUCACUUCUGCUGCCUCCCAUCAUCUCAUCACACAUGUCCCCUCCCUGUCACUCUCCCGUGUUCCCAGUCCCCAGAUUAACGUGCAAUUUUACAUCAAGUUGUCUCUUGAACUUUAGAGUUGAAUAUUUUUUGUUUUUCUUCUUUUGGUCAUUGAUUGAAGGGGAGGGCUUACAAAAUAAGUUGCCACAAAUCCUUCAUCAAUCGUGUCAUCAUUGUUCGUCAGGAGGGGGGAAAAAAUGAACUAUUUUCAUACCCUAUUGCUCUCUAGUUUAUUUUUACUUAUUCAAAUGAUCCUAGUUUAGCACUCAUAUUUUCUUAAAACAAAGAAUAAAAAAAGGAAAAUGCUCUUUUUGGAAUAUUUAGCUUCAUUUUGCUGUCGACUGUAAAUUUGCUCCAGAGUUUGAGUCUUGUUAUAUUUUUGCACAGAUUGAAAGAGGAGACUCGCUGCAUGAAUACAGAACAUUUUCAGGUCUGUAUCAUUAUGGAACAUACAUAUGCUUUAAGUAAUGAGACAAAAUACACUUGGACAUUAAGCAUUUUUAACCGUUAACCCACCACACUACAUAGUACACGCAUGGAGGUAGCCCGCAGCGUUAUGGCUGGCUAUCUGUUGAGAAUUUUAGUUCUUUUUAUUUUAUUUGUAUUUUUUUUGUCACUUUCACACUGCAGAUUCUGUUGAAAUCUUGCUCUUUUAAAAAAAAAUAUUUUUCUUUUUUUACAGCAGCAAGCAGAGUAUUAAUAAAUGCCUGUUUGUUGGAAUCAGGUCAUUCAUCAUGUAGCUUGAGAAAUAAAGACAUUUUAGUUUUACACACCUGAUGCUCAUAAUGGGUCCAUAUGCUAAGUUACUGUACAGAAACAGUUGGGCUAAAGUUGCGUUCUUCCUGUUGUAGGCACUAAGUGCUGACACAGUAUGGGGAGAAACACUAGAUUCAUGGCAUUAUUCAAACAAGUAUCAACAUUUUCUUGACUAACUAGUAAAUCAUGAGGUGUAAUAUAGGAAUUGCUUAUUAAAAAGAAGUCAGACAGUGGUCAGUUAUUCCCUACAAAGAUCAAAUAGUCAGAUGUCGGCAUGUAUUUAAUCAAACUAAAUAAUAUUUCCCAAUAAUUCCUGCUAUGUGUUUAUUUAAAGGUGGAUUUGUCAUAAAGGACAAUACUUUAAAUGACAAAUUGUUAUAUUCAUUACAAAAAGGAUUUAAAAAUCACCUUUAUUUUUAAUAAAAGACAAAUGCAAUGGCAUGACUAGUCCCGGUGUGGUAAACCCAUCCAGUCUGGCUCAAAACUAAGUCAAAGUUGGAUAAAGUAACCCAUUUGUAGCAAUUAUUUCAGCAGUUCCUGACACUAUGGCUAUGGAGACUCUAUACUUGUGCAAUGCUUGCUAACCAACCAGAGUAGAUAUGUGUCUCUCUUUUAACGCAAGACUAACUUGCUAAACAGAAGCUACUGCAGCCACAAGUGACAAUUAUGGAAAAAUGCUAAAACCUACUAUAAUAGUAGCACAAAUGGAGAAAAAUCAUGUCUGUCAUAAAGCAGUAUCUAUCUGAAGUUUGCUAAACUUAGCCAGCAUAUGCUAACUGGUCAUACCAGAUCAAAAAAGGCUGUAGCAGCAAAGUGUGUUGAAUUGAGCAGGAGUGCUUUCUAUCACUAAUGAAUUCAACUUUUCAUUGUAAGAGGAAAAAUGUGUUAUUUCUUCUUUUAACAGUUACAGUCUUGCCUUAAAUCUUCGCAUUGAAGGGUACCAGAGCCGCAACUACUAAUCCUUUUUUCCUUUUAAGCGUCAAAGACAAAGCUUGGCCUUCCAGGGUUUCUCUAUGGCAGCCAUGCUAGAUCUACAGUAGACCCCAUGUUGAAUCAUUUUUGUAAAUUAGGGAUCGUUACUUGCACCUUUAGUUUGUCCUCAAGCUGCACACUGUAUUAGUCUUGGUCAGUUUCCUAACUGAUGCAUGGACUUAUAUGGGAAAGUCAUUCUGUUGGAUUUAAACCUAUUUCCCAAAAGCAUAUUGGCAUUACAUUAGCACUAUGGCAGGUCAAGAUAUUAAAUGUGACAUUCAUAGUAUUGUCCUUCAAAUAAAGAACGUCUUGUAACAACAUUACCGUCAUUGGCAAGCUAAUUAGCUGCAUAGCACUCAGUGGAUAGACCUAAGCAUUUAGCAUUUACAGUAGCAUUCCAGAAUGAGGGAUGCAAAUUUUGCACAUGCUAACAAGUAGAAUGCUAAUAUUGUUAACAUGUUGUGGGUGAUAGGAGAGCUAAAACAGAAACGUCUUUGCCACAGUGUAACAAAUAUCCAGCAAAAAUAACACAAUGACAUGUCAAAAUGUUUUAAUAACUUUUUUUUCCACUGUUGGCAAAAAAAAGGAAUGUUGGUGUUCUCUUUAAAUUCUGUCUGUGAGAGACAAAUUGCCACUUGUUUGAUGUAAGAACUGACCUCUUUUGUCGAAUAUCAAGAUACUUUUUGGGAAAAACCUAGCCAUGUUUUCACUGAUGUUAGCUUCUGUAGGUAACUCGGUAAAUAAGAUGUUGUGGACGCGGAGCCUUAUCAAUGAGGCUUGACAAAUAUUGAACUCUUACAUUGUACACUCCAAUAAAAGGUUGAUAUUUA